AUGGCCUCGGGCCCUGGAGGGAGCUGGGGUCAGCCCCCACCGCUGAGUGCAGCCGGGACGCCCUGGGUGACCGUCCUGCAGCCUGUCACAUGGGCCGUCCCACCGCCGCCCCCGCAGCCCGGCCGAGUGAAGGAAGACCUGCUGGAACUGAUGUUGCUGCAGAACGCGCAGACGCACCAGCUGCUGCUGAGUCGCCUGGUGGCAGCCGCGCUCCCCCCGGGGCCAGCCUCUUGCCACCCGCAGAAGAACCAUAACCGUGCCCCCACCCCCACCCCCCAGUGCCACAGGCACUGUGGGUGCGGAUGUACCCCCGGCUUCAGGUAGGGGCAGGGUAGGGGGGCAGUGGGGCCCAGGGAU